AUGGCAACUGAUACACAAGUGAGACUUCCGGACGAUCGAGGCCGGUUUGGGGAUUUCGGCGGCAAGUUUGUCCCCGAAACCGUGAUGGCCGCCCUCACCGAGCUGGAGCUGGCUUAUCGCGCGGCCCAGGAUGACGCCGGCUUCGCCGAGCAGUUGACCAGUUUGCUGGUCAACUACGCCGGCCGACCCACCGCGCUGUAUUAUGCGGAAAACCUGACCCGGCACUGUGGCGGUGCCAGAAUCUACCUGAAACGGGAAGAUCUGGCCCACACCGGAGCCCACAAGAUAAACAAUGCCCUCGGCCAGUGUUUGCUGGCGCAGCGCAUGGGCAAGCGCCGAAUCAUCGCCGAAACCGGAGCUGGCCAACACGGCGUGGCAACCGCCACCGUUUGCGCCAUGCUGGGGUUGCAGUGCAUCGUGUACAUGGGUGUGGAGGACACGGUGCGCCAGUCGCUCAACGUGUAUCGGAUGCGGCUGUUGGGGGCGGAGGUUAUUGGUGUUGAAUCUGGAACCCGGACCCUGAAAGAUGCGAUCAACGAGGCCAUCCGGGACUGGGUAACCAACGUGGAAACCACCCACUAUCUUAUUGGCAGCGUGGUUGGCCCGCACCCGUAUCCGAUGUUGGUGCGGGAUUUCCAGUCGGUAAUCGGGCGUGAAGCGCGCGAGCAGAUUUUGGCCGCAGAGGGCCGGUUGCCCGAUGUGGUGGCGGCUUGCGUGGGCGGCGGAAGCAAUGCCAUCGGCACGUUCUACGAAUUCAUUGGCGAUGAAGGUGUUCGGUUGGUUGGAGUGGAGGCUGCCGGGGACGGGGUCGACACCGGUCGCCACGCUGCAACUCUGACGGCCGGCUGGCCCGGCGUCCUACACGGCUCAAUGUCUUACCUGCUGCAGGAUGAGCACGGCCAAGUGCAGGAAGCGCACAGCAUCUCGGCAGGUCUGGACUAUCCCGGAGUUGGGCCCGAACACAGUUGGUUGAAGGAUACCGGCCGGGCCGAGUACGUGUCGGUUACCGACGAAGAAGCGCUGGAAGGGUUUCGCCUGCUGUGCCGCACCGAAGGCAUAAUUCCGGCGCUGGAAUCGGCCCACGCGAUUUACCGGGCGAGCCAGAUGGCUGCCGAUUUGCCUUCCGACCAGAUCAUACUGGUGUGCCUGAGCGGGCGCGGGGACAAGGACGUGCCAUCCAUCGCCGAACGGGAAGGGAUUGCCGGCUGA